CCCGGCUCCAUGCUCCAAGCACCACUUCGCCUUGCCCUCCUCCCCCCUCCCCUACCACCCUCGCCACCCACCCUCGCCACCCACCCUUUGAACCUCGCCUGGACCCUGGUGCCCGCCGUCCGUAUCCGCUGUGGCGCCGAUCCGUGCUCCAGCCGGCCGCGCGAGCCAUGCCCCUGACUCGCCGCCAUCGCCGCCACCACCUCCUGCUGGCGGCCCUGUGCGGCCUGCUGCUUCUGUUCGGCGUUCUCCCGGCCGGCCGACCGGCCAGCGCCAACUCCCUGCCGCACGGGCCACUGGACACCGAUGACCUGUACCCCGGCAAUAGGGGGGACUUUGACUUUUGCCCCCCAUCAGGCGUCUCGCCGAUGGAGCUCCUCCCCGAGGACACCUGUGUGAGGUGCCACCCCAACUGCCUGGACUGCGACACGAGCUUCCCGCAGUACUGCACCGCCUGCGCCGCCGGGCUGGUCUUGCGCACGGACGGCACCUGCCAGCGAAACUGCCACUCCCGCGAGUAUCUCGGCUUCUCCAUGCUCGGGGAUGCCAUCUGCCAGGCCUGCCCGGCCGGGUGCCUGCACUGCGUGAAUGCCUUCUCGUGCACCGCCUGCGACCAGGCGCAUGUCCUGGACGAGGGCCAGUGCGUGUCCCAGUGCUCGGCCUGGGGGCCCGAGCAGCCGAACGGGGCCCCGGCCCCGGUGGACGGGAUGUGCCACAAGUGCGCGGACAUGCUCCAGUGCGUCCGGUGCUCGGGCGAGGGGUCGCACGAUUGCACCGAAUGUGCCACCGGGUUUCGGCUCCAGGCGGGCCGAUGCGUGGCCGAGUGCGCGGCCGGCUGGCGACCGACCCCGGGCGGCCAGUGCAACCGCGUGGACGACCUGUGCCUGCAGCCGGCCGAGGAGUAUGGCGUGUGUGUCACCUGCCAGCCCGGGUCCUACCGGAGCCCCUCGUCCGGGUCCUGCCACCGGUGCGCCACCGGGUGCGCCUCCUGCACGGACGCCAAUGCCUGCUUCGCCUGCGAGCCGGGCUUCCGCCUGUCCGGGCUGCUGGCGGUGUUGGCCCUCGACUCGGCCGUCCCCUUGGCCGGGGAGGACUCCGCCGCGAGCCAGCCGGGCAGCGCCAGCGAGGCCCCCACGCCUCGGCGGGCCUUCGCCCGGUGCGUGGUCCAUUGCCCGGCCGGGGAGUAUCCCCACCCGACGUCCGGGGGUGCCUGCCUGCGCUGUGCGCCGGGCUGCGCGUCGUGCGCCGGGCCGGACACCUGCGAGGCCUGUGCCACGGGCUGGGUCCUGGUCCGGGACAGCGGGACCAGCACCGGCCGCUGUGAGCCCUGCUCGGCCGGGCACACUUGCGCCGAGUGCCUGGUGCCGGGCGGCACGUGCUUCGCCUGCACCCCGGGCCGCGACUUGCUGGCCCACCAGGGCGCCUGUGUGCGUGCCUGCCCGGCCGGCUUCUACCCGCGGCCCGUGAGCAGCGGCCUGCCCUGGAAUGGCCUCGACAUGCCGGGGCUCCCCUCGGGGCCGGCGAAAAACCACCCCCUCGGGGAUUGCCUGCCCUGCUGGCCCGGCUGCCAAAGCUGCAGCGGCCCGGAUGCCACCCAGUGCACCGCCUGCGCCGAUGGCUGGGUCUUCGCCCCCAAGUACAAUGUCUGCCUGCCGGACCUGUGCGGCGCGAAGACCUACCUGCCGCCCUUCCCCGCCCCGCCGUGGUCGCACGCGGCCGACACGGCCGACACGGCCGACACGACGGUGCGUGUCAAGAUGGUCCUCGGCACCGGGCCGGGCUGCCCCUGCCAGGCGGGGUCCCCCUGUGCCAAGUGCGACCCGGCCUGCGAGGCCUGCCAGGACACAUGCGUCGAGUGCGAUGCCACUUGCGCGAUGUGCUCCGGCCCGGGGCCCGGGGCCUGCACCGCCUGCCCGGGGGGCAUGGUCCUCCGGGCCGAUGGCACAUGUGCCGAGCACUGCGGCCCCGAGGGGGUGGCCCAUGCCAGCGGCCGGUGCCUGGAUUGCGGCCCCGGGUGCCUGGCCUGUCGGGCGUCCGGGUGCCUGGCCUGCGGCCAGGGCUGGCUCCUGCAUGCGGGCCACUGCGUGCCCCAGUGCCCGGAUCGGUACUUCCCCGUGCUGGCCGAGUCGCUGAAUGGCAGCCCGGCCGAGGGGAUUCCCGUCGGGGAUUUGUGCCUCCCCCUGCCGGACGGGUGCCUGGAGCUGCUUCCGAACAGCCGGCUCCUGUGCGCCCGGUGCAUGGCGCACUUGACGUUGGAUGCCAAGUUCCGCUCUUGCCAGGAGGCCGCCUGCCCGGCGGGGCAGUACCUGCGCCCGGGGGCCGCCUCCGCCUCCGCCUCCGCCUCCUCCUUGCCCCGGCUUGACAGCGACUCGGCCAGCGACGGCCCCGGCGAGUGCGCCCCCUGUCCCGGUGGGUGCGACGAGUGCCACUUUGCGGCCCCCUCGCCGGGGCAGGGGCCGGCUCCCGCCGCCCCGCUGGCGCUGCCGGCGGCCCGGCUCGCCGGCCAAUCCGACGGGGCGGUCGUCUGUACCCGGUGCUCGCGGGACAUGCCCUUCUUGAAUCCCGACACCGGGGCCUGUUUGACGGCCUGCCCGGUGGGCAUGUACAUCGGGUCCAAGGAUGCCGAGUGCCGGCACUGCCCGGCGGACUGUGCCUCAUGCACCACGGCCCACCGGUGCACCAGCUGCAAGGACCGGCUCUUCCUGCUGGACGGGGCCUGCCUGCCGGAAAAGCCCUCAACCUCCUUCAGCACGAGCGCCGGCCAGCUGGAAUGGUGCCCGGACCGCAACUGCAGCCAGUGCUACAACCGGUCCGGGGCCUGCAUGUCCUGCAGCAAGGGCUACCACCUGCAUCUGGCCACUGGCAAGUGCCUGGCCCAUCGCUGCCCGCCGGAGACCGUGGCCAUGGGCGGCAUGUGCAUCGACUGCCCGGCCGGCUGCGAACGGUGCAGCUACGUGGCCAGCCCCACCUCCCGGCUGGGGGAGACCGUUUGCCAGAUGUGCCUGGCGGGGUUCUUCCUGCACCGGGGCCAGUGCGUGAGGCAGUGCCCGGCCACCGGGGUCAUUGUCUGGCCCGGAGCCGGGCCGGGUGGCGCGGCCCCGGCCCCCGCCUCGCAAACCGUGGCCGGGGCCUGCCUCGACUGCUCGGCCAAUUGCCUUGCCUGCGACUGCCCGGCCGCCGCCGAGGAGGAGGAGGAGGAGGAGGACCCCCGGCAGGCGGGCAGCUCCGGCCCGGCCGCCGCGGCCGGCUGCUGUCGCCAGUGCGCGCGCGGCUUUGUCCUCUUCCAGGGCCGCUGCCACUUGGAGGCCUGUCCGCCGGGCUUCUUCCUGGCCAGUGCCACCGACCGGUGUGAGCCCUGCCCGGAGGGGUGCCUGGAGUGCGAGCAAUGUGGCCCGGCGGCCGGCGGCCUCGGCGACGGCACGCCGGAUGGCAGUCCGGCCGACGGCCUGCCCCCGCCGGCUUGCUGCUCUGUCUGCCAGCCGGGGCGCGUGCUCUUCGAGCGCCACUGCCACAUGGACGCCUGCCCGGAGGGGUACUUCCUGCUGGAGGGUGCCACCAGAGAGGGGCGGCCGGGCUUCGCGGCCCCGGCCCGGAGCCCCGGCCUCGGGCCCAGCCGCGCCAGCCACAGCGCACGCGGCACCGGCAGCGGCAGCACGGGCGCCCCGCCGGCCGGGCCACUGCAAUGCGACGCCUGCUUCCCCUCCUGCCUGGAGUGCGUGUCGGCCGCCAAGCGGGAUUGCCUCCGGUGGGAGGGGUCCCCCCGGACCGGCUUCAGCACCCCGGUCAAGGUUGGCAUCGCCAUCGGCGUGGUGGCCGCCGUGGCCCUGAUCGUGGUCCUGGCCCUGAUCAGCAUCCGCAUGGCGGCCACUCGCCAGGGCCCCGGGCAGCCCCCCAAGCCGCAGGAUCAGCUGGAGCUGGAUCUCUUCGUGCGUCUCGACUGCGGCCCCGUCUCGGUGGGGCCCUUCCUUCCGGCCCGCGGCCAUGCCGGCUUUUGA